ACAAAAAAGCAAUACUUCCAAAAUUUUGUUUUCUCUCUCUAAUAAUAAUAGCGACAUCUCCUUUUUCCUGGUCUCAGAUUCUUCUUCGAAUAAUCCACAGCCAAUUCCGUUUCUCUGCAAAUUCAAAUCUAUGGAGAACAACAACAUCACCACCACCAACUCUAAACUUGACUCCGAUGAACCCAAAUCCGUCGCCACCGCCACGGCCGCGGAGGAGCAGAACCCUAAUUCCCCGGCCGCCGAAGACCCAAACCCUAAUUCGAACCAGGCGCCGCCUCGCCAGUCUUCGAGGACUCCGUUCACCAAUCUUAGCCAGGUCGAUGCCGACCUCGCCCUCGCCCGCACCUUGCAGGAGCAGGAAAGAGCAUAUAUGAUGCUAAGGAUCAAUGGUGAAGGGAGUGAUUACGGAAGUUGGGAAGCUGGAAGCUAUUUCAAUGAGGAAGAGUUUGAUGAUCCCAAUGAUGGCACUGAUGUGGAUGAUGGGGUUGAUGAUGAGGAUGAGGAUGAAGGGGAGUAUGAUGGCACUGAUGAAGAUGCUUUUGAUGUGCAUGCUCAAGCUGAUGAUGGGGAGGACGACAACCCAACUAUUGAAUUUGAUCCAGCUGUGUUUUCUAGUGAUGAGGCCUAUGCAAGAGCUCUACAGCACAUUGAAGAACAAGAAAUGGCUGCAAGGUUGUUGGCCCUUGCUGGGAUACAUGAUCGUGAGUGCCUGUUCAGAAAUGGAGUUGAGGAUACAGAGGAUCAUGGCGGUAACUCUCAGGAUACAUGGGAGGAGGUUGACCCAGAUGAACUUUCAUAUGAGGAAUUGCUUGCAUUGGGUGAAGUAAUCGGAACUGAGAGCCGAGGGCUUUCAUCUGAUACAAUUGCCUCUUUGCCUUCAGUUACCUACAAGGCACAAAGCAAUCAGGAAGGAAGCAAUGAUUCAUGUGUCAUUUGCCGGUUGGACUAUGAGGAUGGUGAGACCUUGACUGUGCUUUCUUGCAAACAUUCAUACCAUUCUGAGUGCAUAAACAAUUGGUUGCAAAUAAACAAGGUUUGCCCCAUUUGCAGCACUGAGGUCUCGUCUUCCAGGUAGUGAGGACUCGCUUACACCAGCUUCUACAAAGCCACAGACUACACCUACUCACAGAAGGAUGAUGGCACACAACAAAGGAGGUCACAGCUCAUCUUUGGUAGACUUGGCCUGUCUGGAUUCCUUGUUACUUCGCUUCUUUAUAUAUAUAUAUAUAUGCUGCCCACCCUCCCAGACUGGUUUUUACUAUUUUCAUUUUAUUUUGACACCCCUUUGUUUUGAGUGAAAUGCAAAAACGAUGUUUAGCCAGAUUCUGCUAAUGCUCAUCUUAUUAUUCUUAUUAUUUUUCAGCUAUUUUGCUGCAGUAUUACCAGAUAAAAUGUAGGAGAAACCCUUUUUUUCGCU